AUGAAGCUCAGAAAAGCAACCAACAAUUUUAGUGCAAACAAUGUCAUUACGUCUGGAAAAACGGGGACUGUGUACAAGGCAAUGCUUCCCUAUGGUACUUUCAUGGCGGUUAAGAGGUUACAUGCAUCACAACAUUAUGAGAAUCAAUUUAUAUCAGAGCUAAUCACAUUGGCUAGUUUGAGACACAAAAACUUGGUGCCCCUCAUGGGGUUCUGCCUAGAAAUGCAGGAAAGGCUUCUUGUAUACGGAUAUAUGUCAAAUGGAAGUCUCCAUGAUUGGCUACAUGUUGUGGAAGAUAGGGCCAAGAUGUUGGAGUGGCCUAUAAGAGUUAAAAUCAUAGUUGGUAUAGCUAGAGGCUUGACCUGGAUUCACCAAAUGUGUCAUUUCCAAGUAGUUCACCUCGACAUUAGCUCGAAAGGUAUCUUACUUCAUCAAAAUUUUGAGCCCAAGAUAUCAACAUUUGGAGAGGCAAUGUUCAUGAACCAAAAUGACAUCGAUUUGAACGAGAGCUGCUCUAUAAAUAGUGAAUUUAGGGAGGUCGAACUUGUUAAGAAGGAUGUAUAUAGCUUUGGAAUUGUGCUACUAGAGCUAAUUACAGGCAAGGAGCCAAGUCAGAUGACUAAUUUGCUUAACUUUCAGGAAUCAAAAUUUGAUCUGUAUGAUGUCACUGAUAGAUCUUUGUUGGGGAAAGGAUAUGAUGGUGAAAUAUUUCAGUUCCUUAGGAUUGCUUGUAGCUGUGUUCAGCCUUGUACCGAUCAAAGGCCAACGAUGCUCGAAGUGUGCAAGAAAUUUAGGGCUAUCAGGGAGAGAAAUUGCCUCACUGUUAAAGAUGAUUUUAAGUUAGUAAGGCAACCUGAAAUUGCUGCAUCUAUCACUGAAGACGAUGUAAUCGUUACGGUUCACACAGACUCACCAUGA